AUGGGUUGUUCAAUAAAUAAAAAAUAAUCUUCCUCUAACUAGACAAAUAAUACAAAGAUCACAAAUGAUAACUUUGAAUAAUAUCUAAAAAGUAUGGGCUCAUUAGCAGAAUCUAACGAAAUUCGAAGAGCUAAGGCUUCUUAUUAAUUAUAAAAAAACCCAAUAAUUCUAAGGAGAAUGAACAAAUCAAAAGAAAAACUUGAUGAACUAGAUUAGGAUAAGAUGUUUUUAAAUUGA